ACUUGUAUCCCAAUUAUCCGGAUGCACUAUGAAAUAUUGUAAUAGAAAAUGAUCAUGCUUCAACUGUUUCUGUUAUUGUUUUCUUUUAACCUUCAAAUUUGUUUAGGAGAUAAUGAAAAAACCGAAGGAAAAAUGGACACUAACUACAUGAAUCAGCAAGCCUACAAAAGCUUGUUUGCUGCUAAAAGGCGAGAGCAUAUAGAGACAGCUGAGAAAAUACUCCAUCUAAAUGACUAUGCCAAGCAAUACAAGAUGGUGGAGAUACUGGGAGAAACCAUAUUCCCUGCAAUGAAGGAUUCCAAAGAAAAGCUUGAGAAAGCUAACUAUAUUCCUCAAUCUUCACCUUUUCCUACUGAUAAAAACAUGCAAGAAGCUCUUGGUGUUGUGCUGGAAAGCAUUCCAUUUUUUGGUGACGUUUUAUUAAGACUGCCAGACAUAACUAAAGAUGUUUACAAAAGACACAAGAAAGACUGGGUCCCAUUAUUUAAAUGGGGAAUGGAGUUUUGUCAGAAUUCGACGUUUCUUUUCACAGGCCAUCAUUCAACUCAGCUAUAUCUGAUGUCACAGGAGAUUGGGCUCAUUCCUGAAGAUCCAGAGUACGAAAAUCCCUUCCGAAAGUCAUCUGAAGAUCCUGACAUUAAAAUAAAGCUCAAGACUAAGAGCAAGAAAUUUAAAAAGGGACCAAAGUUAAGAACAAGGAAUGAGCUAUGAGUAUUGUAUUUUUAUAAUGAAGUGUAAAUGAAACUUAAUUUGCUGGUUGCUCCCUGCCAGAGCUGAUGAUACAUUUUGAUCCAAAGGAUCAAACAUAUCCGCUACAUGUAUUACUAUACUGAAGUUGAGAAUUACAUGAUUUCCUUGAUUAUUUAA